AAUUUCUCUCUCACCUGUUUCGCGUAGCAGACGACGAUCGCGUACGCGCUGCCGACGAUAAUUGCUAAUUUUGGGUCCUCAGGCGAUAGCGAUUCGCGUGUCUCAUCUUCUCGACUUGUCCCGCUCAUUCACUACGCCGACCUCUUUCCUGCAUUCUUUCCGAGUAGACGCGACUCUUACACACGCCGUUUACUCAUACUUUUCCCAUCCCCCCCUUUUUCAACGUCGAUUCACCCUCGUUCGGUGCGACCUUUAUUUAAAGUACCCCGAGUGGCGACUGAUCGUUCAGAGUCUCUCGGCCCGCUCACCUGAGGAGUUCGCUUGUACGCUUGUUCCGGACAGCUGGCCAGCGUGGUCUUCUAUCGUCCCUCUGAGGUUGUGUGUAGAAUUCGUGUGGCACCAUGAAGACCUGCGUGUGUUCCCACUUUUUCGGACUUGUGCUGCUUCUGGCCAGCGUCAUCCUUACGACUACGGUGGCAGCAGAGAUCACGGCUUACACUGACUACUACCUGGAGGACCACUGCUCGUCGUCGAGAUCGGCUGACCGGUACCGGGCUCGCACCGAGGCACAGUCCAUCUCUUUCCGGCUCAAGUCUCCGCUGCAGGAGAAGCUGGACGAGCGCGGAUGCCGGGCCGGACUCAGUUUCAGCACGUUGAACGAGACGUACGGAUUCCUCGUCACGCCGGUCUCCAUCGACAUCCCACGAGGGCCCACGAACUCCUGCGUCAACUUCAUCUGGUUCGACGGCCUUGCUGAGGACGAGCUGAACGGCAAGCGUCUUUGCGGCGACACUUUUCCCAAGACCAGUGCAAUUCCCACCAAGGGAGACCGCUUCACCAUCUGGUGGUCAUCCGAGCCCAGCAAGGACGCUGACCGCCAGGCCUCCUUCAACGUCGUCAUCGCCUCCUACGUCAACCGAUCUUCAGAAGCCGAGUGUCCCGAAUCGUGGCGUCGCUGUGACAAUGGUGCCUGCAUCGAACCCCGGCUGUGGUGUGACCGCAUCGACAACUGCGGUGACGGCAGCGACGAGGACGAGGCCAACUGCGCUCCCAGCACAGUAUUGUCCAUCCCUGGAAUCGUUAUCAUCGCUGUCAUCGUGGUCCUCGUCAUCAUCGCUAUUGGAGCCAUCGUUUACGUCUGCAGGCGGCGUCGUGCCUACCGGGCUACGUAAACAGCUUCAACGGUGACGCAAUCGCGAGAUAUUGGACUUGGCUCCAAGGGUUGGCCCCUCCACAGUUGACGUCACACCUGUGAAGCUCCGCCCUUAUUGUUCCAUUCUGUCGUCACUUCCGGUGUAACGGACACUGCCGAGUAGAUGGCAGCAAAGUGUAGCAGACGACUGAGUGGAUUGAUAUUGGCUAAAUGCGUUAGCACAGUCAGGGUGGAGGGAGGAAGAGGGGAGAAAUAGUUGAAGUAGAAACUGUAUGUGUGUACAUACGGAGUCAGAACUUUGAAUCCACGAUGAUCAAUUCAUGGGAUGUAAGACUUCACGCUGGUUCGUGACGUCACGUUCUCGUCUAAAGCUGUUCUACGUGUGAGAAAGUUCAGGAAAUAGAUGCUUUCACCAGCUAGUCGCACGAAGGAUAGUAGAAAAAGUGGAUAAUUCACUGUUUUGAAAUCUGUUUUAAAGAAAGUAUGCGCGAACACAGAAUUUCCGCGCUGAUAUUCACUCUAGCCUCAAGUUUCGAUCUCGUUGUUGUGAAUAAUUUAAAUUCUAGAUAUUUUCAAUAGAUGUUUCAUGCUUCUAAAACGCGCUGUUCGAAGGAAACACUACGAUCAAUAGCGUUCGGGCAUGCAUGUGUUAAUUGGAGAGAACCGACCUCCCGAUUCAGGGCUAUAGACGAAUCUUUCACGGAAAGGGUAGGUGGGACAAAAGGAAUUCUAGGGGAGCCGUACUAGGUGACCGUCCACGCCCAAUGGUGACUCACGUCACGAGUCACCGCAAGUCACGAAUCGUUUCUUUCUCAAGCCACGCGUCGGGAUAAUGACUGCGCAUGCGUUCGCCUUUGUUAGAUGUCAGGGCAUUUGAGUCAUUUCUUUUACAUCGUGCAUCAUCAUUCGUGGUCAUGCAGGUACUUCUGGAAAACUAAAUGAGUAAUCAAAUCUAUACGUGAAAGGGGAGGGGGGGUAGACAAAGCAUGUGAUAGUCAUGUGAUUCGCGUAGCUCAGCCCCUGCGCAGUUGACGUCACACCUGUGAAGCUCCGCCCUUGUCGCUCCAGUCUAUAGUCACUUCCGGUAUGACGGACACUGCCGUCAUACCGAAAGUGACCUGGCAUGCGCAGUGCGAUUCCUAAUUCGGUUUCACUAAACCAUCGAAGGCUUUGUUCCACAAAGUGUAAGGGUCUGACGAGCAAUCUUAAACAGAUAUCAGAUGUCUAUCAAUGUAUCAUGUGUGAAGCACUCAUUGUAUACUGUGUAUUCGACGUCUUUUUAUGUGACUGAGUGGUUCCUUCUGUUUUGUUAACCCUGUCACACGGCCCGCAAAAUUGGCAGCUCGAAUAAUUUCAGGCUCGCAGCUUCACCGGUGGUCACAUUUUCCGGUGCUGCAAGCCACGCCUUUUACACGCUGUCACCUUUUUGAUUAAGGUCUUGGACAUUAAGGCCUUGUAAGUUAAGGGUUUAUAUGUACAACUGCCUGUUUCGCGGACCAUGUGGCAUGGUCGUGAAUCGUACUGCUUUUUAUAUUGUUCGCGUAUUUAAUUUUUUGUCUCAUGUACAACUCUACUGUACGAUGCUAAAGAGUCUCGUACGAACUCAAGCGCACCAACUUGUAUGAACAUGUGAAGUCAUUCCAAUUUUAACAAGUUCAUAAAUGUGUGUUAUAGUUAUUGUAGACGGGUUAUUGUUAUUGUGUACAUAUAUACAUCUGCCCAUAGUUUUAUUUUUUCUCUGUACUCAUUUUAACCAAUCACUUUUAACCAGUGUAGAAUCAUAUUUCACCUCUGAAGCAUCGCUUAAAGCGUCGAAUGAUGUUUGAACUAUCGUUUGUCAGUCGAUCGAUUUAUCAUCACUUUCCACAAGGGGCAUUCUCGAGCAUAUACCCGACCAUUCACAUCACACCUGCAUUGUGCUUAGUCGUGGUUAACUAACAAGCCGCUUUGUGUUCUGAUAGUUAACCAUAUCGUUUGCUCGAGUAUAAGUCUGGUAGGUAUUGCUGCUGGUUGUAUAGUCAAUUACUACGAGCUGUGGCGAAUAUAUGUGUUUGUUAGACAUCUAGGUCCCGUUGUUGUACGCGUUAUAAGGUGAUUUUGAGCGGUUAUAAAGCGACCUGUAACUCAUGAACGGCCAACUUGUCACUCAUCGUUUAACUGCAUCCGUAAUUCUCGAGUUGCCAUAAUCGGACCUCCAAUGCUAGAGAACCAAGCGUGACACAACGCGCUGGCUUUGGCGCCUUCUUUUUUUUUAAUUUCUUAGAUACACUCUGAUCACUUCCAGGUACCCUCACAUAUUCUCUUUUACUUCACGUUGACUUUGUAUGUGUGCUGUGUCACGCGUUGGAACCUCCUCAGAAAUUGUUCUGGUCGGUUACUGUCCUUUCUGUUUCAUAGUUUGUAUGUGUGUCUCUGUGUUUGUGCCUUUGUAUGUGUAUGUGUUGAGUAAGCUCCGUAUUUACGUGUACAUGUGUAGAACGUGUCAUAUUUAUUUAUUUCCUACUGUCUUACCUUGCGAUGAAACCAGCUGCUUUGCCUGCCAUUUCAACGCCUAAUAAAACGAUGGGCUGUACAGGUGAA